AUGGGAGAUAUCUACACGAAUUCCGACUUCGUCAUUGCAGCUCACUGUGCAUCAGACGACUCUGGGGGUUUCUUGGCCGAGUCAAUGUCAAAGCGCGAAGCAGUAGAGAUCGACUUGCAGAAUGAAGGCAAACGGGUAGGGAUAUAUAGGCGCGGCAAUAUCGACAGUGAUAUAACCAGCAGCCUACUGUCAAAAAGGGGUUGGGUGCUACAAGAGCGAUUGCUCGCAACACAUAUCUUGCAUUUUACCGCCAACGGAUUGUUUUCAGAGAGAGGCUCUGAGGUCUUUUCAGAAGACGGUACGCAAGAAGAUAUGCCCGCGGCGGCAGAAGGCGAGAAAUUUUGGACACCAUCUGCUAUGCCAGAACUCCAGACUGCGUUGAUGAGCCAAGAAGUAAAGAGAGAAACGAUCACUCGGAAUGAGAGUGCGCAGCGCCAGACUCCCUUGGACUGGCUCCAUUUAGUCGAGAUUUACACCAACUGCGAUCUGACUAGGGAAGAAGAUAAACUGUUUGCCAUUGCUGGUGUGGCGGCGCGAAUUUUUGCGCGCUCGAAUCUCAGUUGGUGUGCUGGCCUCUGGAGUGACCGGAUCUCUGAAGGCCUUUUAUGGCUUCCAGGACAAAACUUGACUCGCCCAGUUAACCCACGCGCGCCAUCAUGGUCGUGGGCUGCGUGGGAUGGUUCGAUCCACUAUCCUCAGAACAUUCAUGGCGACUCUUUCGAGUCCAAGGCAGCGUUUCUGAAAGUUCAAGGAGUGUAUGAUACAAGAUUUUGUGGAGAUGAAGUGUGGCUCGCGGGUUCAGGCACAUUACAAAUUCGAGUCAAGUUAUUUGAUCUUACCACCGUCAUUUUCACUGGCGACUGUGUCCCGUUGGGACCUGGACCGGACCGCCGUGGAUACUUCACUAACAAUAACCAAGACCUUCCUCGGGUCACAUUGAAAAAGUACCUGAACGUACACACACUUCAUGGACGCCGGGCCGUGAAUAAGCGCCUGAAAGUUCGCGAACACCGACUUCCUCCGUGCGGGUGGGUAGCUCUCGAUGACCACCAAUCCGCACCGCGACAAGAUUCCGACAUGGAGUCUCGUAGUCUGCGGGGUCGCUACUUCGCACUUCUCGGCAUCGGUCGCAUGUCUUCAGGAGUGAUACCUCUCGACCUCGAAGAUGUAUCGACUAUCACGAUCCGAUGA